AUAUAAUUUUUCUAUUUUUUAUGUAGGAGCUAAUUUAUAAAAACUUUUUCAUAUAAUUUUUCUAUUUUUUAUACUUUUAUAAUUAUAAUUGUUCUACUUUCUAUCUAAUAAGGUCAUAUUUGAUAAGUUAAAAGUUAUAUUUGAUGAGUUAAAAGUAUAUGACAAUUUUAACUAGAGAAAUUAUUUACCCAAACCAAGGGCUGUGAGCAUAUCAGGAGAGGCGAAACAGUGCGACCACUGAAGGAGGCACGCGGCUACCAUCGGUGACGGCGAAAUCAUGGCCAACGGCGACCGCAGGGCAAAACGCAAGCAAGGAUGAAACGCGAGCGUAGAGCUUCGUCACUCAACCUAAAUCAAAAAACCCUAAUAUGUGAGCCCUAAAUCUUCACGAACUCGCCAAAUUGAAAGCAAACUCGCGAUUUCAGUCGAGUCUACCGAUUCUACUAACGAGCCCACCGAUUCUAUACCAAAUCCGAGUUUGCUUCCGAGUUAACUCGGAAGCACUGAGUUAGCACGUAAACUUUAAUUCGCGAGUUUGAUAACCAUGGUUGGGAUAAUGCAAAAUGUCUCUAGUUUGUUAUCAAUGGAAAUUGAUGGAUCAGAUGUGGAACCCGGGACCACAACUGACGGUUCCACCGCGAAGAAAUCAAAGCGCUGUAAGAGGAAGAGUUUUAUGGUGAACGAGGAAGGGCAAAUGGGGUCGCGAGAGAAGCUGGCAAAAAAAAUCUUGUUGUCUCUUACUAGGCCUUCCUACGUCUUGGGAUUGGGUCCCAAACCUCUGAGGAAGGAAAACCGUACGAGGUUGCGCUACCUGCUGCGCAGACUCGUCAACCAGCAUCACUGGGUCGAAGCAAGUGGUGUUCUCAGUGCCUAUAUGAAGGGCACACUUAAUGAGACCUCGCCCUUCAUGAAUCGUCUUAAAUUUUGGGUUUUAAUGGAGCUUCUAAAUCGUGUGAAAAAUAAUUCUAUUAAUCCCACAAGAAUCAAGAACCUCUAUGAUAUUUGGUCGAAAAAAAUUGGAUCAAUGAAGACUUGGCCUUUACAGAGCAGAUACGCAGUCCACUUUGAGUUCAUCUUUUUCUGUCUUAUGCAAGGCAAUGCAGGGGAUGCAUACCAGCUUGCUUUAUGUAUUGAACAAAACAAAGUUGAUAUUGAUCCUGUGUUAAAGAUGAUGAUGGGGUUGACAUUCUAUGAGAUGUGGUAUUCUUCAAUCCCCAAAGAAUUCCAGUGGAGAAACUCAGACCAGUUUGACUUGCAAGAGAACUCACAUAUGGAGAUCUCAUUUACCAAUAAAACUGGACAGUCGGAGCCGUAUAAUUCAGUUGAAUCCCACAUGGCUGAGUCCCAUUGUCAACGUGAUUCAGAUGCCUCUAUCAUGAAUGAUAAGCAUAUAUCUAGGGAUGUUGUAUUCAGUGAAGACAUAGAGGUUGGUACUAAUAAAAGAGAAAAAACACAUCAGAACUUUCAACCAGAAGGUUUUUACUUAAAUUCUGAAGAGCAAAACGGAUUUGGAGACCCUUUUUCUAACAGUGGAGGUCUUACACAAGAUAUCUUACACGGCCUUGGGGGACUUGAUUUGUGGUUGCUGCCCUUGCAUUUUUCUGAUGAGAGCAAUUUGGAGGAGUUCAUGUAUUUGCAAAUAGAUCAGCCUAAUGACUAUUACAAAAAUUCAGUGAAAUAUUUGCAACUAGCUCUCAACUCAGAACCUUCUGCUUCGGCAGCAUUACUUCCAUUGGUACAGCUGUUGCUAAUUGGAGGACAAGUUGACGAGGCUCUAAAUAUGCUUGAGAAGCAGUGCUGUAAUGCAGCCUCUGUAUUGCCAUUAAGAGUGAGGGCUGCUCUCUUGGAGCGUUUUGAUCGAAACAACUCUGGCAUGCUUCUUAUCUGUUUUGAGAAUAUAUUGAAGAAGGAUCCAACAUGUAGUGAUGCCUUAGCCAAACUUAUCAAGAUGCACCAAAAUGGAGAGUAUAGUCUUGAGUCUAUGCUGGAAAUGAUUGCUUUACAUUUAGAUGCUACAGAUUCAGAACACAAUACGUGGAAGGUGUUAUCUUCAUGUUUCUUAACGCUGUAUUCCUACGAAGAAGACUGUAUGUCUUCAUGCCCCAUGCAAACCAAAAAUGGACACAAGCAACUUCGUUCCUUUGACAAAACCCCUAAAAUAUUUACGGAUGGUACAUCGGGAAAAUCUUGGUAUCUUCGCUGUAGGUGGUGGAUAACAAGACAUUUCAGCAAUAGCAAGCUAGAAUCCGAGAUUGAAUCAGAUGAUUUGCAGUUACUCACAUGCAAAGCAGCAUGUGCAUCGUAUAUGUAUGGACGCGAGUUCAGCUAUGUUGAGAAGGCUUAUUCUCAUUUAGAGAAAGAAAAUGAUAAAGAGUUGUUGUCUUUGUUGGAUAAGCACAGGGGAAAUUCAUUAGGAAUUUAUAAAAAAUUUCGAAAGAAAUUAAACAUAUAAUAUAGUAAUUUAAUUAUAUUUGGUUCCUCGA